AUGGUUUCGCCAAUUAAGUUGAUGAUUGGAGAGGAAGAAAAGUUCCAAGGAAAAGCAUUGGCGCUAUCCCAUACAAAGAGUGCAAUAAGUACGAUAAAAGAGAAAUUCAGUGAGCAACAGCUACGAACCUUCGAACAGAGUUGUUUUGGGCAUCUCCUACUCAUCGAGGACCUGAAGUGGACGUCGCCAAUUGUACACGGAUUGUUGCUGAGGAAAGCUGAUCCGAAGACUGUUUCCCAAGUGAACGGGAUCAAAUUCAUUGUUGGCAAUAAGGUGAUCCAAUUCACACCCCAGCAAUUUUGCGUCGUCACAGGGCUAAGGUUUGGAAACCUUCCCUUUAUUCCGAUUCCCAGUAAUGACAACUGCUCAUUGAAAAGGAAGUAUUUUGGCAACAAUAAAACAGUGAGCCUGUUGGAAUUAGAAAAAGCCUUCCGCGACUGCGCUGAUGCGGAUGAUGCAUUGAAGCUCGGCUUUGUAUACUUCGCUGUGUUUGUGCUGUUGGGCAGUGAAAAACAUGUCCACAUUGACAUGCGAUAUUUGAAGUUGGCGGAAGACCUUGAAGAUUUUGGUAAAUAUCCAUGGGGUGCUGUGUCUUAUGCGAAGACAAAUGCGUCACUGCUGAGGGCACUGUGUGCAGAUUACCAGCGAGUGAAAGGGCCGAAAAAAGCUUCGAAAACAAAAAAAUCUGAAAAGCAAGUAAAGACAACGGCAACCGGUAGACCAAGAGAGUACCACCUAAAGGUAAUGGGUUCUAAAACAGUAAUGGGGGAGAGAGAGAGAGAGAGAGAGAGAGAAAUUGAGAGCUGCAUUGGAGGAGCUAAAACAUCAUUUGUUCAUUUGUUGAAGGAUGAAGACGAAUAA